CAUUCUGGGAAUUGUAGUCGCCGUGGGGAAGUAGGUGCUUGGUCAGUGUGGCGUGAGACUGUAUCUUGUUAGGAGAUGAAUGGGAAACGGCCUGCUGAGCCCGGCCCGGGCCGCGUGGGGAAAAAGGGAAAGAAGGAGGUGAUGGCGGAGUUUUCGGACGCUGUCACGGAGGAAACCUUGAAAAAGCAGGUGGCUGAAGCCUGGAGUCGCAGAGCGCCGUUCAGUCACGAAGCCAUUGUCAUGGACGUGGACCCCUUUCUUCACUGUGUGAUCCCAAACUUCAUCCAAAGCCAAGACUUCUUGGAAAGGCUUCAGAAGGAACUUUUGAACUUGGACUUCCACGAGAAGUAUAAUGAUUUAUAUAAGUUCCAACAGUCUGAUGAUUUGAAGAAGAGAAGAGAGCCUCAUAUUUCUGCUUUAAGGAAACUUCUGUUUGAAGAUUUCCGAGCCUGGCUUUCUGACAUUUCUAAGAUUGACCUGGAACCAACUAUUGACAUGUCCUGUGCUAAAUAUGAAUUCACUGAUGCCCUAUUAUGCCAUGAUGAUGAGCUGGAAGGACGCCGGAUCGCCUUCAUUCUGUACCUCGUACCUCUUUGGGACAGGAGCUUAGGGGGCACCCUGGACCUGUACAACACUGAUGAACACUUUCAGCCGAAGCAGAUUGUCAAGUCUCUUGUCCCUUCGUGGAACAAACUGGUUUUCUUUGAAGUGUCUCCAGUAUCCUUUCACCAGGUGGCUGAAGUCCUCUCUGAGGAGAAGUCGCGCUUGUCUAUAAGUGGCUGGUUUCAUGGUCCUUCGUUAACCAGGCCUCCCACCUACUUUGAACCCCUCAUUCCUCGGAACCCUCACAUCCCACAAGAUCAUGAAAUUUUGUAUGAUUGGAUCAAUCCUACUUAUCUGGACAUGGAUUACCAAGCUCAAAUUCAAGAAGAGUUUGAAGAAAGUUCUGAAAUUCUCCUGAAGGAGUUUCUUAAGCCUGAGAAAUUUGCAAAGGUCUGUGAGGCCUUAGAGAAAGAAGAUGUGAAAUGGAGCAGUCGAGGUCCUCCUAACAAAAGGUUUUAUGAGAAAGCUGAUGAAAGUACACUUCCUGAUAUCCUGAAGCUCUGCAUGGAGUUAUUUCGCUCCGAGGCAAUGUUCUUGCUGCUCUCCAACUUCACAGGCCUGAAGCUUCACUUCUUGGCCCCUUCAGAGGAAGAUGAGACUGACGACAAAAAGGAGGGAGAAGCAGCCUCUGUUGCAAAUAACUCGGAAGAAGGGACCAGCCAGAGCUCCUCUGAGCCUGAAAAUGAGGCAGCCAUCAGCAACAACAGCCAGCAGACUGAUGGCCAAAUAGAAUCACAGUCAGAGGAAAAGGAAGCAAAAAAAGAAUCAAGUGUUCCCACAUGCCAAGGAGAACUGAGGCAUUGGAAUACUGGUCACUACACUUUAAUCCAUGACAACAGCCAGACUGAAUUUGCGCUGGACUUGCUUCUCUACUGCGGCUGUGAAGGCUGGGAGCCAGAGUUUGGUGGCUUUACCUCCUACAUUGCCAAAGGUGAAGAUGAAGAGCUGCUAACGGUGAAUCCAGAAAACAAUUCUUUGGCAUUGGUCUACAGAGAUAGAGAGACUCUAAAGUUUGUCAAGCAUAUUAACCACCGAAGCCUAGAACAAAAGAAAACCUUCCCAAAUAGAACAGGUUUCUGGGACUUUGCAUUUGUCUACUAUGAAUGACAGAACUAGACGAAGCUAACCCAUACUGGGAAAUCUGAAAGAGCUGGGCUGGGAGUGAAUGGUGUUCUGUCCGACAGCAUUCUCAACACUGGUAUCCUUUUACAGAUUCGUAUGAUUGUCAAUCUAGACCAUGAGCUUGGAGCUGUACUUAUCUCUUGAUUUAAAAAAUAUAUGUAUAUUUUUUAACAUUAAGUUGUUUUCCAGUAUUGACUUCUGUUGACUUCUUAGACUUUUUUAAUUUAACUUCAGUAUUUUCUGUUUUCUUUAUUGUGGUAAGAUACGCAUCACAUAAAAUUUAGCCAUUUCUAAAUGUGUAGUUCAGUGGUGUUGAGUACAUUCACUGUUGUACAGUUGUCAUAACCACCCAUGUCCAGAACUUUUCCAUCUUGCCAAACUGAAACUCCCUGCUCUCUUCUACCCCAGCCCCUUGCAACCACUGCUAUUUCUAUUAAUUUGAGUACUCAUUUUUCUUCAUAACUAGAAUCAUACAGUAUGUAUCUUUUUGUGAUUGGUGUGUUUCACUUAGUAUAAGGUCUUCAAGGUUCAUCCAUUAUGGCCACUAAUUUUUUUUCUCAUCAAUGACUGCAGAUUCUAUUCUUCAUAAUUCUGGUUUAGAAAAUUACAGAAACUUAAAUCCUGUUCAUGCUGGGCCUUAGGGUUCUGACACGGUUUUUAAGUCAUUACACUGCCUAUGGCUGUGUUCCCCAGUGACCCUCACAGGAAGUGUGGAUUUAGACGAUGUGUAGUACUAUUCCCUGGGAAGAGGUCUGGCUUAAUACUCCAUGGCCUCAAGAAGCCUCUGCUUGGUAAAGAAGACUCGCUGCUUUUAGCCGAGCACAGUCCCCAGGUGCCCACUGACUUUUGUAUACUGAAGCUGUGGCUUCUGUAUAAUUAAUUCCUGCCUCACCUGUGGCUUUCAUUUUCCUAAAUAUUGUAGGCUCGGCUAUAGAACUGCUUGCCUUUUUUAAAUGAAAAAGAGCAAAAGCUAAAAAGCCACAUCUCAAUGCCAAGAGGCUGUCCAUCUACUGUGUUUUUUUUCUCUGAACUCUUCUGGGAAGUUGUAUCCUGACCACCUGUCUGUGGGACUAUGCAGGGAUGGAUGAAUGUUCUCAUCCCAUCCGCAUAUUAUCUCCCUGUUUGCUUUCUCUUUCUACAUUUUUCUAGCUACUGCAGUAAUCUUUAGUGUAUGUUUCACUAGUUAAUUGGAAAAGCAUUGGGCCUUUAAAUUUCUUAACCACUCUUCUCUUUCAUCUCAGAAAACUCUGAAUACUAAUUUUUUUCUCCUGAGGUUUGUAUUUAAAUAAACAGAGUGAGUUUCACCCUCCA